GAGCCACACUACAAAAGAGGAAGAAGCCAUCAAUCUUUUCUACUUCAUGUCAGCCAUUCUAUUAAGAGCAUUCCACUUUCGGUGUGGCACUGAAUGAUGUCAGCCUCAGAAUCAUGUGCUGAGAAGAGCUCUCCUUACUUCCUGUCCAGUUUGUCUUCGAAAUCUGUGCCAGAAAAUGGAGAUGCUACGUUCACUUGCGAGAUAACUGGCAACCCCAAACCAGAGAUCACCUGGUGUCGGAAUGGACGAGAUAUAAAAGAACUGGAGGACUCUUCCAACUAUGAAAUAACAGAUGAUGACCCGGUUCAUACUUUACAUCUGUUUGGAUGCACAGAGGAACGAGGCGGCGUUUACCGAAUUGUGGCCAGUAAUUGUUUUGGAAGAGUUCAGUCUUCGGCUUUCCUUAAAGUGACACCUGGUGCAAAAUCUGAAGUGUGUAAAACAUUACACGAUAAUCCUAAAAACAAUGUGAGAACUCGCAGAGCAAAUGACAUUACUGCGUAUCAUUGGGAAAGUUCUGACCAGGCUACAGAGAAUAAAGAAGAUUUAGUAGCAAAGAAUGAUUCAACCCAGGAGUGUUUUUUAUCUUUAGAAGCAUCGGAACCUCCAGCACCAGAAUUCAAUGGUUUGCUCUCCAAGCGAACCACAUUUUCCUACCCAACGGAGCAUGGAAUUUGCCCUCCAAUGGAAAAUCAGCACAAAAAUCAUUGGGAAAGUUCUGACCAGGCUACAGAGAAUAAAGAAGAUUUAGUAGCAAAGAACGAUUCAACCCAGGAGUGUUUUUUAUCUUUAGAAGCAUCGGAACCUCCAGCACCAGAAUUCAAUGGUUUGCUCUCCAAGCAAACCACAUUUCCCCACCCAACCGAGCAUGGAAUUUGCCCUCCAAUGGAAAAUCAGCACAAAAAUAUUAAUUGUUUAGGAGACGGCAUGUGUACUAAAAAUGUACUCAGCCUAGAGGCAAAUAAUGGUAGCAUUUUGGACACGACCCAAAAUACAUCUGAUCUCUGUAUUUAUGAAAGCCUUGAAAUGUCUAGGGAGUGUACAGAGAGAGAAAUGUCCAGGGACUGUAGUGAGAGAGAGGUGGAUUCAGUCAACAGCUCACAAGUGGAUUUCAAACCAGCAAGUCAAAUCGAUGAUCAUACAAACAGCUGUUCCCUUAAUGCCGAAGACUUAGCUGCUUGUCAGACAACCGAAUAUGCCAAGACACAUGAAGAGAUUUGCCUCAGUGAAGUUCAGAGAAAAGAGGCACUGUCCCUGAGUCAUGCAGCUGCACCUCUAGAAAGUCAGAACUCUGGUCUAGAGGAUUCCUAUAAAAAUGCCGACAAUGAUUUUGAGAUUCUUCCGGGCAGAACCUUUACUACGGCGCAUGACUCUUCUGACAACGAUGGCCUGGAAGACCUCGAAUGUUCCGACGUGAUGACGGAGGAGUCGUAUCAAGAGUGGGAAAGGGAGCUGAGGUUUCUGCUGGAAAGCGAUGAAGAUGAGUUAACUCUGGGUAACGAUUGUGACGGGUGUGCUUACUUCCUCGGUGAAAUGCCUCGCCUGUGUCAAGUGUCGGAUAACACCGUGCCUAUGGAUGCCACCAUUGGCUUCUGUGGUCAUCAGUCAAAAUCCAAAGAAGUAGCUGUCAGGAACGGCCUCACUGCAUGCAAUCCAUCACUCUUACCAACAGGAAUGACCCUGACAGUUGGGCAACAGCAAACUAAAGCUCCCACCACGAAAGACAAAGAGAAGUACGAGCAGCCUGUGUCUUCCAUGGCAAUUGAAAAUGAUUAUCCCCGAAUCGAAGAGGAAAACAAUAGCAAUGGUCAAUCCGCUGAAGAUUCUUCUGGCGACGGAUCACAAAGCAUGGCAAAUGAGCUUUUGGGGAUGGAACCCUCUUCUUGCGGAAUAACCGGUUCCUCCGCAUUCACAGAGAAACCAAACAUGGAGAGAAACUCCUCACGGAAAAACUCGCAAAAAUUUGCAAAGGUAAGGGAGAAAGUGACCAAAAGAGGAGGCAAAGAUAAUGCAGUUGUUCCGACGAAGGCGUCAAAAUGCUAUCUAAAUAAGUUGCACCCCAAAGAGCUUCAUGCAGCCAAAAGUUGCACAAUCCAAAGGGAAAGAAGAUGUUUGGAUUCUGCUGCCCUACUUCGUGCAUGUAACUGCGGCGAUCCGAAUGAAGCACACCAGGAUACCGCCAAGUCUUCAACCCAUUAUGGCUUAUUGCAUAGCAAAGGAGGAGAUGGAAACAGCCCACAGGAAGGCGAACAGAUUAGCAGUCUGUCUGAGGGAAACCCGUUGCCAAAUGCAAAUGGGGCACUUGUGGCAAAGCAUCAAGAAACCGAGGCUGAAACUACAGUGCCCAUUGGCAAUGAGCUAAAACUGUUUAUAGCAGAACCUGAGACAGAUGAUGAAUUAGUUCCUGCAUCUUCUCCUCCUGCAAAAAGUAUCUCAGGGCUUGCUGAAAACCCAGUUUUGGAGGAGGCCCGUCACAAAAAUGGCAUUCAGAUGGACAAUGCAAUAUUGGGAAACUCCACAAGCCUUUAUCUACCAUAUCAGGCUCAUGCAACUGACCAAUGGGAGCCAAGGUGGGCUGAAACCCUUCAAGUCACAACUAUAGACAAUAAUGUAAGCCACAAUGUAUUACUCAAUACCCUAGACUGCUCCCUUUCCAUUUCUCGUCAAGAAGGCUUAUGUGACCUUCUGACUCCCGGGGCUGUCCCGGAUAGGCAAAUGGAAAGAGGAAUAGCAUGCGGAACUAAGCCCCAUGAGAUCAACGAGAUAAAAACAACCGAUGACUCUCCCUGCGCGGAACAUCUAUCCAAAGUGGAUUUCAAGACAACCUUGGAAUGCUCAGAGCCUGAGGCUCAAGAAGCUGACUUAUCACUGAUGCACGAGCAGUUACAGAAGCUUCUUUAUGAGGAAGAAGGAUGGGACUGUGACUUCACUCACGCAGGCAGGGAGGUUAAGAGUUUAGCAGCUGGGCCUGACCCUGCCAAGGAGGCUGAAGGGCUGAACGUUACUGGAGAUGUAAGCGCUGGCCAUCAGCCCAUGCCAGGACAUUUAACGGGAGAUAAUCAGCUUGUCACCGAAUUGGCAACCGCACUCGAAACGGUAACAGAAGACUACACAGAUUGCGACAGCCUGCUGAGAACAGAUGAAAUGUGCGACAAUGCAUCUGUGGGCAAGAGCUCUCUUGCAGUACCUGUAGAAACAGAUGUUGCGUGUCUAAGUGCCUCCUUUGGACACAGCACAGAAAAGCCAUCUGUCCCUCUUUCACGUUGCAAUCUCCUUGACACAGAAAUAUAUCUGUACGAUGACCAAAGGCGGACACAGUCAGGCAAUAAUGGACCUGUUCAAAUGCCUCCCUCUCGGGAAAGAAGAAUUAUGACUAAUAAUGCAUUCUCACCUCCUACUGCAGAAUCUCCAUUCGGGUUUACAGAAGCCCAGAACAGUCUUUUAAAAUGUGGUCAAGAAAUGCUAAUAGAGGGAUCCGCUCUUUAUCUUGGCCCGUCACUUUAUACCAAACCAGAUGUUCGUUGUGGAGACGAUGCCAUUGCAAAGCAAUCCGAUGAGAUCCCUGCUAAAAACUCUCACGUUGUACUGUGUCAAUCAAGAAUAAAAGAUGGUGCUAAUCUCCCCGAGCUUUCACCAAAAGAAGAGUCAUCCAGUAAUUUUUCUGGCAAAAACGUGGGUCAAUUUACAUGUGAAGGACACUCGUCAGUUAUGGGAGUUGAUAAAAGUACCAAAGAGAAAUUUCAGGAGAAAGGAACGGAGUUAGAUGUGAAUGCCCAAAGUGACGGUAACUGUGGCAUUUAUCGUGUUUUGACAGGUAAUGAUAGUGACAGUUUCCACACUAAACCUGAUGCAGGAAAUUAUAGCUACCAUAUGCACGAACAUAAGUCAGUGAUAGUCAUUGCCUCUAUAGCAGAUUGGGAUGGGCCGGAGGAUGCUGACACAAGGGAAGCGGUGUUCAAAGCAUCAUACAAAGGUAAAUUCCUAUCCGAAAUUCUGCUAGGAAGCAACAAGGAUGAGGAAAACACUGUAAAUCAUGAAAGAAGGGACUGUAGAGGAACUGCAGAGCAAACUGCUCCAGAAUCAGACACCGUCUUGGCGAUACCACUGCCAGACUCUCAACAAAGAACAUCAGGGGGGAAAUCUAGCAUCGCCAAUGAUGUCCGUGCAAUUGAGAAAGGAGUGGGAAUGCACAUUACAGGCUUUACACCUGAUUCUGGAAAUGCAGUAGCCAGUAUCAUGGGGAAUGAGUGUAGCAGUUCAGGUCUGGAGGACAGUCAGGGUGCUAGCAAUAUCGUAGGCACAGUUGGCAGUCAAGAGACGAAUCAAGAAGACAUGAAUGAAGAGCGCAGCAUGAAAGCCGUGGGGGUGGAAUCCUUCAGGGCUGAAAGCCUAACGCCAGCUGAAUCCAGGCACAGUAAGGCUGAGAAGAACAUGAGUCAACAAACACCUCAACUGAGGCAGGAUCCAUACGAAAGGAUGGAAGGAGGAAAGGGGAUCCACAUCAUCCAGUACGAGAGAGAUCCGGGGCAAAGAGAAAUAUCUCUUGCUCAUUACUAUGAAGAAGCUGAAGUGGAGCCUUACAUGCGAGCACUGGUGGAUCCCAAAGAACAGAUACCUUCUUGGCUUGAUAGCCUCGAACUGGAGCAGAAUGAGCACCGAAAACUGAAAGAAGACAAACAGACCCAGGUAGCCCCUUGUGGUGGAAGGGAUCAUGGGGGACAUGAAGAGUCCCUUGAGUGUGAACUAGAGGAAGUGGAAGUCGAGCCUUAUAUGAAGGCGCUCACGACUUCAGAAGAGAUUCAUUCCUGGCACGAAAGCAUGAACUAUAUGCAUCCUUCCGGUGAGCGAACUGGGGUGUCUAUCGGAGCAUGCGUAGGGGCAUCUACAAGCCACAGUCGAGCUGGCGCAUUCACAGAAGAUAAGAAUAAACACCUAAAGAUGUCAGAGCCCAGUAGGGAGGCCUCGGUCAACGUUGUACCCUGCUCCUCUGAGAAACCCAAACUCUCCAAGGCAGCCUGGGCUCACAGCAGUCCCGAGGACGUGAAGCGUAAGCAAGAAACUGUGAAGAAGAAGAUGGUGUCGAAGGUGCAGGUGAAGAAGCCACGCCUUGACGCAAAAGAAAACGCUUGCAACAGCGCCGGCUGCCUUAAAAAAGCCUCCAAAGCGGAGACAGGCCAGAAGGAAGAUAAGAGAGUGCAGCGGAAGCUACCUUCAGAAAAAGACAGCAAAGCCCCCAAACUGCUGAAGAAAAUCCAAGCAGAGUUGUUCCCCGAUUUCUCUGGAAAUAUCAAAUUAUGCUGUCAGUUUGUUGAAAUUCAUGAAGACGCAACUAUUACGUGGACUAAAGACUCUCAGCUACUUGCUCGAGUGCAGAGAAGUGCAGGAGAUGAUUUUCCUGUAUCCUUGGCAAUAGUUCAAGCUGGUAAGAAAGAUCAAGGACUGUAUUGCUGCUGCUUGAAGAAUAGGUAUGGAAAGGCCACUACGGAUUUCAACCUGACCUUAGAAGUCCUGGAACAUCUUUCAAGUUUUCAAGAUGUUGAAGGCUUGGAAGACAUUGAAUUCUUGCAGCUUAUGUUCAGAGAAGACUUCAUCUGCGAUAGUUACUUCAGCAACAGCCUGCACGGGAGAAUCACAACAGAAGAGUUGCAUUUCGGGGAAGGAGUCCACCGGAAGGCUUUUCGGAGCAAAGUCAUGCAGGGCUUGGUGCCGGUGUUUAGCCCGGGGCACCCCUGUGUCCUGAAAGUGCACAACGCCAUCGCCUAUGGGACCAAGAACAACGACGAACUCGUUACAAAGAAUUACAAAUUGGCGAUGCAGGAGUGCUACAUUCAGAACACGGCAAGAGAAUAUGCAAAGAUAUAUGCUGCGGAAACCGAACAAUUAGAAGGCUUCGGGGAGGUGCCGGAAAUCAUUCCUAUUUUCCUGAUCCAUCGGCCCAAGAGUAACAUCCCUUACGCAACUGUGGAAGAGGAGCUCAUUGGGGAAUUCGUGAAAUACUCUGUCAGGGAUGGGAAAGAAAUCAACUUCACUAGGAGGGACUCGGAAGCUGGCCAGAAGUGUUGCACCUUUCAGCACUGGGUAUACGAAAGAACCAGCGGCAGUUUGCUCAUCACAGAUAUGCAAGGUGUAGGAAUGAAAUUAACUGAUGUUGGCAUAGCAACACUGGCCAAAGGGUACAAAGGUUUCAAAGGCAACUGCUCCAUCUCUUUUAUCGAUCAGUUUAAGGUUCUCCACCAGUGUAAUAAAUACUGUGAGUUGCUGGGACUGAAAUCCCUUCAAACCAGCGGUCCGAAACUGAGGAAGCCGGCAGUGCCCAAACCCAAGACACAACAGCCAAGCUCAAGUACUGUAAAGAAAACUGGAGUCGGUGCACAGGUUGCAAAGAAGACAUAAGAGAUGUCUUACCUUCCAGAAAAAAAGGGGGAGAGGGAAUCUGAUCAUCCUCACCUUUGCAGUUCGCCCUGUGCUCUCCUUGUACUGAUUGCGGCAGUAAUCUGCCAAGCAUUCGACAUUAUACGAGUAGCCGUAACUCUCGCAAAGAAAGUUGCAGAGUGGAUAGAUUAGUAGAUCCAAACAGACUGCCCGAACUGGAACAUUUUGGGGAGGAAAAAGUCAGCAUCCCAAUGACAAGUAUGAGUUAACAGAAUCAUGUGUGUAGGACAGGGAGGGGAGUGUUUACCCAGUGUCUCUGGGAGAUAAUGCAGAAGUGGGGUCUUUGGGGAAAUCAUAUGGAUUAGGUUUUGCCCGCAUCAUUCAGCCGCUGAACGUAUACGUACAAGUGAAGUGACAGGUACGCAUCCCGCAUCAUAAUCUGUCCAGAGGCUUAGGUGUGAAUCUGCUACACCUGCAUCUUGACUCAAGAGGAAAAGAUUACUCUUGUUCCUUCUAGAAGUUUCCGAAUGUUCGCCUCUCCAGCUGGCGUACAAGAUAACAGAGGGGACUAGUGAACCGAGAGACUCACCUGAAACUGAAAUCGUUGUGCACCUUAGACCAGCAUUUUGUGGAGUUCUACACUGAUAUUCAAGAUUGACAUUUAUCACCGAAGAUGUCGUAGAGCAAAGGACACUAGGCUUCACCCAAUGAUCGGGGGGGCUACAUGCUUUGUGUAUGACCGUCUAUCCCCUCAUUGUCCCAUCCUUAGGAUAUCGUCGUCACCACUUGUGGACAAACAAGGCUUGGCUUAGACCCAUAUGCAUAGCUCUUAUCAGAUGAUACCCGGCCUCAGCUACAGCUUGUGUAAGAGAGAAAGAUUGGCACAGGAAUUGGGGCACGCCUUGGUGGCGGCCUCAAGGGAAAGGGAUGCAGACUGGUGGAGCGAGUGCAGUAUUGAUGCUUUGAUU